AUGGAUCAACUUCAGAAGGAACUGGAAGCUUUCAAACAGGCACAUGAAUCAGACAUAGACCAUUUUAGUCAUGAAACUGCUCGACUCCGGAAAGAACUUGACUCAUCUACAAAGGAAUUACAGGAGAAGUUGACCAAACUGCAGCAGUACAAGUCCACAGUCGACAGACUGAAUUCUGACCUACAGCAUGCACAUCAGCAACACCAAGAGGUGGUCCAAGAAGUAUCUCAGUGUGAAGAUAUUAUGCGCAAACAAGAAUUGGAAAUGGCUCAGCUUCGACAGCAGCAGUUUGACUCUGAGAACCAAUUAGCUGCAGCCAAUCAGAACUGCAAAUCACUUGAAGCCAUGUUGGAUCUUUAUAAACAAAAAUACCAGACUUGUAUAAACAAGAUCACAGAGCUGGAAAAUUCAAUGCAAAGCCUGGAAGCAGAUUUACAAGAUGCCAACAGACAGCUUUGCAGCCGCGACGAGACUCUCCACAAGCUACGGAAUGACAUGCAUACAGUGCAGCACCAGUAUGAAACCAAAUGCAGACAAGUGGAAAAUUAUGAGGACAGCAUUGAUCAGCUGACCCAACAGCUGCAUGUCACACAAGAAGGCCUGUCUGCAAACAGGGAACAUGUGACCCAGUGUGAGGAGAUCAUUCGCAGCCUUCGGGAACAGGCUACAAUAUUUUCAUUCCAGGCUACUGGAUGGGAAGAGUCUUUUGUACAAAUCCAAACAGAUUUUGCUUCCUACAAAGCCACGCACAGCCACUCUGAUACAGAUUACGAUCUCCAGGUUGCUCAUCUUGAACAGUUAAAGAAGGAUCUUGCACAAGUCAAUGUUCAGAGUUCUGAGUUUGCUGAGGAAAUCAAUAAAUAUCAGGGAAAGAUGCACAAGAUGAAUGCACAGUUAACCACUGUUACAGAACAAAAGAGUAAUGGUAUCAAAGAUGUCGCACGCUUGGAGAAAGUUGUCCAAAGCCUGCAACUUGAUGUGGCCUCUGAGUUGCAAAAACACCAAAUUGAGUCAGCCAAACUGAGACAGCAGAUCAGUCAACUGGAAAAUGACCUCUGCAACAGUCGAAAACUAUACAACCAGCGACAGCAGGCAAUACAGAAGAGAGAUGACCUCUUGAGGAAGUCCGAAACAGACCUGCUUCAGGCUCAUGAUAGUAUCAAAGGGAAGGUAACAGAAAUUGAGAAGCAAGGCACUGUGGUGAAAGGCCUAGAGAUGGAUCUUCAGAGGCUGGAAAAGGAAAAGCAGCAAAAAGAAAAUGAAAACAUUUCCCUUAAGGCAGAGAUAGAGCAGCUGAAACAAGAUCUACAAAAGAGCAAUAAAAACUGCAGAGAAUUUGUACAGGAGCUGGCACACCAUGAGGAGAAACUUUUACUGAUGGGGAGUAGCCUGCAAACCACACAGAAUCAGCUCAGUGAUCGCAUCGCAGAGAUUGUGCGGCAUGAACAGGCAAAUCGUAAACUACAAUCAGAGCUUAAAACACUGAAAGAACAGACAAUUAACAACAAAGAAGAGAUGGAUGAUUAUAGGGUACAGAUUGUGAAACUCAAAGCUGAGAAUACUCAGAAUAAACAGAGUCAUGAAAGUGCAGUCACAGAAGGAUUCAAGUAUCAGCAAUCAAUCUGCAAGUUGGAGACAGAAGUCAACAAUAACAGAGAGCAGAUUAAAAUGCUACAAGAGCAGAUUCACCAGAAAGAAAGCGAGAACAACAGACUUCGAGAAGAAUUAAAAAUAGAACAAAUGAGACAAGAGGAGUUACAAAGGCAAUUGCAAAAAUUGAAAGACCAAGUAAGAGAACUAGAAAGAGAAACUGACGAACUGAAUGCCAAAUUUAAAGCCAAUACCCUGCUGUUGAAGGAGAGGGAGGAUCAUAUUUUGAGUCUGGAAGAAAGUUUAGCACAGUUCCAGAGAAAGCACCAAGCUCUACUUAACGAAUACAAAAACUGUGAAUCAGAGCUUCAGGUGGCCCAGGCAAAUCUUUCAACAGCUCACAAACAGAACAAGUAUUACACUGAAGAGGCAACUCAACAAGAAGAUAAAUUAACCAAGCUUCAGUCAGAGCUGAAUACAGUCCAGGACCAGGUACGAAAGACUAACCGGGAACUGAAAUCAGCAGACCAACUCAUCUGUGAACUCAGACGAGAGCUCACAGCUUGUCAUGGUACACAAAAAGAAAACAUGGAACAGCUAGGUGAGAAGAGCCGAGAGAUAGCAAGCCUGAAAAAUGACUUUGCACGUAACCAACAGAGAAAUAUGCAGUUAGCAGAGGAAAGUGCAGCAUAUGAGGAAAGGAUGAGAAGACUGCAUGAUGAACUGAAGAAGAUGCAAGCACUGAAUCGGCGGGCAGAAGAAGAGGCUCAUAUUUGUGAAAAUCGAUUGAUGGAACUCAGUAACAAGAUGAUGAUGUCACAGAGGAAGACCCAUGAAACCAUGAAGGAACUUACCAGUAAAGAAGAAGAAUUAAUGAUAAUGAAGGUAGAGUUGGCUUCCCUUCGUGAAAAAUACCACUCCAAAACUGAAGAGCUUGAAACCUUACGAAAGUCCCUGCAUGGUGCAAGGUCAGACAGUUCAAGAUUACAUCGAGAAAGUGAACUGGUUGUAGCAAAUGUUAAUCAAUGGGUAAAGGACCAAAAGCAAGCCAAUGAAAAACUUGGAAAUAAGAUCAAAGACCAAACAAAGCAAAUCCUCCAACUAACAACUGAAAAAGACCAUCUACAGGAAAUGAAUGAACGACUACAGCAUGAGAACAAGAAAUUAAAAGUUGAAGUGGAUGAGAAGAGGAUAACAAAUGAGAGGUUAAAGGCCUUGCACAGCCACCCAGCAGAGCACCCUAAUGUCAUGCAUCAGCUCCGGAGCCCAUUUCAAGAUGAAGAGUAA